AUGAACCAAUUUGUCGUGAAAUUCCUCGUUGUUGCUGUGGCUUCAAGUGCUUAUGGAGCUGCUGUUCACAGCCAAAAACCCGCGGAAAAUGCUGCCUCGCAAGCCAAGAGUAUCUCAGACAUCUCACCGGAAUUCGCUGUCAUCCAAAAAGUCUACGACGACUGCCAAGAUACCGAAGAUUUCGUCAAAUGUCUCAAGGGAAAAGCUUUGCACGGAAUUUCCAGAGCUAUUGAACAGGAUUCCAUUCAAAUUUUCGACGGAGUUCGAUUGGUAAAGCAAAAUGUCUCGUCUGACGAAGUCAUCGAAGGUUUCAAUGACCCACGUACACUAAGCGACUUUAGUGGUAUUGAUCGGGCUCUGAUCCAAAAAUUCGGCGAUUUGUUCAAGACGCACUUUGUUCGCGUCGAUAUGAGCGAAGCCCGUGGAUCGGGAGACAAGAAGAACGGACAUACGCGUUACAUUAUCGCUGCUUUGUUGACUGCCAUGGGUAUUGCCGGUCCCUUGGGAUUGAAAGCUCUUGCCAUGAUCGCUGGAAAAGCUUUGGUUAUCAGUAAGGUCGCUUUAACAAUUGCUGGCAUCAUUGCUUUGAAAAAAAUCUUCUCAAGUGACCAUCAUGAGGAAACUAGCUUCCAAGUUCAUGCUGGAGAUCAUAACCGACGAAACGCUUACGUCGUUCGCCCCGCCAAAGCUGCUGCAACUGCCUCAGUCGAUCCCUACCGAUACUACUACGAUCAACAUUACACCGCUGCUGUCUAA